GGUCUGUCAGUUAGGCUGCAUUAGUGAGAUAAUUUCUAUGCGAAAGUGAUAGAUCGGUUCAUUGUGCUGCUACUACAUAUAGGUCUGACUAGAUGUUACCCCCAUCGUCAAUAUUCCCUCCAAGUUCAGUCAUCGCGUCCUAGUUAUUAUCGAUUCGUUAGUUUCAGUGACACAACCAAAGGUGCUUAUAAGUGAUGGAUACAAUAAGAGUUGCCGAGCUGUACGUGAAAUAUUACGAGUGUAUUAUAGAGCCGCAGGGGAGACAAAACACGAGUAAUUUUCACGUACAGCUCGGCGACGAGUGUUGUAUCUGGCUUUAACCACAGCCUCUAAUUGGCUACUACAUUAGUGAGUAACGGGAGUGCACUCGUACAUGACGUGCUUGUAGGUCGAAUACAGCACGGCCGAGUCUUUUUUCUACGUGCUACCCGUGGUUUAAGAAGUAAGAGAGGGAGAGACUUCGUUCUGUUUGAGUAGAACAGCCUGGAAGCGACAAGAGAAUGGACUUUGACUUAGAAGGCAUUAUUAGCAUUGUUUGAAUAUAAACAAACAGUGAAAAGAUAAGCUGCUUGCGAUUGUGUGAGAUGAUGGGCCUAAUGGACAUCUCCCAAACCACUUCGGUGCUGCUCGUGUUCAUCAUCACGUUCCUCGUGGUGUGGUUGUGGAGAAGGAAAGAGAAGAAGCCAAAAGGAAACCUCCCUCCACGGCAGCCCUGGUUCCCUUUUGUCGAACUCCUCAGUUUAUUCAUGGACUUUGAUGAUUUUUCAAAGAAGAUGCGAAAUGUUAACCCUAUCUUCAGGAUGGGCAAUGGAUUCGCAUGGAAUGAUAACGUGUUUCUAAACACCUAUGAGCUCAUUCACGAAGUUUUCAUCAAGAAAGGACACUUAUUCACCGGACGACCAACCCCAUAUCUGUGGAAAGAAUGGUCCACACACAACGGUGUGACUUACGGUAUCGCCAGCUCUUCGGGUGAUCUGUGGAAACAACAGCGGAGAUUUGCCCUGAUGACUUUACGUGACUUUGGCCUGGGGAAACGCUCCAUCACGGAGAGGAUCCAGGAUGAGAUGGGAUAUCUUCUGGACGAGUUCCAGAAAUAUGAAGGCAAGGCCGUAGAUCCGCAGUACCUUUUGAUGCCUGCCAUAUCCAAUGUUACCAAUUCCAUCGUGUUUGGGGAUAGAUUUCAAUAUGAUGAUCCAAAGUUCCAGAAGGCCAUGAAGAAUAUGAAGGAGCAAUUUAAGUAUAACAUGUUGGCACAACAUGCUCUCACGUAUCCGUUUUUGAAAUACAUUCCUGGAGACCCAUUUAAAUUCCACUACUCUAUCAAAUGCUUGGGAAUUCAGCAGAAAUUCCUCCAAGAAAGAAUCCAGAAACAUAUGGCAGAAUAUGACCCGGACAACAUACAGUGCUUCACGGAUGCCUACAUCAAGGCUUUGAAGGCUGACAAAGACAAAGAGGGGACGUAUUUCACUGACCUUCAGAUGUUGACAGCGAUAGAAGAGCUCUUCGUUGCUGGCACAGACACUACCUCGGCCACUCUUAAAUGGGGGCUGCUCUUGCUGAUUCUACAUCCCGACUUGCAGAAGAAGGUCCACGAUGAACUUGACAGUGUGAUAGGUUCCCGCCGUGUCUCCAUGGAUGACCGUGCCUCAUUGCCCUAUACGGAGGCCACACUGCUGGAGACACAGCGCUUCGGGUGUGUCAUUCCCAUGGCAGGACACAGUAACAGCGAAGAUGUUGAAAUUAUGGGUUAUACCAUUCCUGCAGGGUCCAACGUUACCGCGAAUUUCAUGGGUGUCUUUUUUGAUGAGGAAUAUUGGAAGAACCCAAAUGAAUUUGAUCCAGCAAGAUUUCUGGACGACAGCGGAAAAUUAGGGAAAAUUCCAGAUUGCCUGACACCAUUUUCUCUUGGCCGCCGUGUUUGCCUCGGGGAGUCCCUGGCAAAGAUGGAGCUGUUCCUGUUUUUCAGCAGCUUGCUUCAGCAAUUCUCGUUUAAAAUACCCGCCGGGGAAGAGAAACCGAGCCUGAAGACCACUUGGACACUCGUGCGGUCUCCAGCCCCCUUUAAGGUUGAAGUGCACAGAAGGCGCUGAAUAUCCCUGUGCUCUUCAUUAAAAAAUUAUUAUAUAUUAUAUUAAUUCAAUUCAAAUCUACAAAGACAGAGAAUUAGGCUUC